UCCUGCCAUCAGGGAAAACGCUAGCUCAGUCCUGCCCACUCACUCAGCUCGGCUCUGCUCUGCUGUGCUCUGGCCUCGCUCACUCGACAAGGACGCGACGCUACCAAAUCUCCAGCGACCGACGGACAGAUAUCUACAGACCUAAGCUCCGAUUUAAUAACAAUUCUCCCAGGGGUGUGAUGGAGGGGGGCUGACCUGGUGCCCCAUGGGAAGUUUGUGAUUCUGUGAGCCAAACGGACGUAGGGCCAACGCAGGGACCAUCAUGUCUCCAGCCCCAGAAGCCCCAGCUAGCCGGCGUCUUCUCGGCCCACCGGGGAGACACCCAUGACUCCCAGCCUCUCUCCGCCCCGAGCGACCGAGCGACCGACCGACCGGGGAUCCGAUCCUCCAUCCCGACUGUUUGCUGUUGAUGCAUGGAGCCCGAUGAGACUCAUAGAGGAAUGAACAUGUACCUUUGGUGGAUUUUACUGCAAGGAUUUUGGAGCGUUUAUGGGGAACUUCCAUUCAUUGCAGACAAUAACGCAGCCAUGUUGGUCAACUGGAAUGCAGUCGAUGGAAACAAGAAGUUGUUUGCAAUCUAUGAUACCAGCGUGAAUGAACCAGGGAACAUGUCGUUUGUGAAAGAGACGGUGGACAAACUACUAAAGGGAUAUGAUAUUCGUCUUCGACCAGACUUUGGAGGGGCCCCUGUUGCAGUUGGCAUGAGUAUAGAUGUGGCGAGCAUAGACAUGGUAUCCGAAGUCAACAUGGACUACACUUUAACCAUGUACUUCCAGCAGUACUGGAGGGACAAGAGGCUGGCGUACUUAGGGAUCCCACUGAACCUUACCCUGGAUAACCGGGUGGCAGAUUCACUCUGGGUCCCUGACACCUACUUCCUGAAUGACAAGAAGUCCUUCGUCCACGGUGUGACGGUCAAGAACCGCAUGAUCCGCCUCCACCCAGAUGGAACAGUGCUCUACGGCCUGAGGAUCACAACGACGGCAGCCUGUAUGAUGGACCUGAGGAGGUACCCUCUCGACGAGCAGAACUGCACUCUGGAGAUCGAGAGCUAUGGAUACACGACAGAUGACAUUGAGUUCUACUGGAAGGGAGGAGACAAUGCAGUGACGGGGGUGACACGCAUUGAGCUGCCACAGUUCUCCAUAGUGGACUACAAGCUGGUGUCCAGAAACGUUGUCUUUUCCACAGGUGCCUACCCACGACUGUCUUUGAGCUUCAAGCUAAAGAGGAACAUUGGCUACUUUAUCCUGCAGACCUACAUGCCCUCCAUCCUGAUCACCAUCUUGUCCUGGGUCUCCUUCUGGAUCAAUUACGAUGCCUCGGCUGCAAGAGUGGCAUUAGGGAUCACCACUGUGCUCACCAUGACCACCAUCAACACCCAUCUGAGAGAGACGCUCCCUAAGAUCCCCUACGUCAAGGCCAUUGACAUGUACCUGAUGGGCUGCUUCGUCAUGGUCUUCCUGGCCCUGCUGGAGUACGCCUUCGUCAACUACAUCUUCUUCGGCCGUGGGCCACAGAUGCAGAAGAAGCUGGCAGAGAAAGCCGAGAGGGCCAACAACGAGAGGGCGGCCAAAUAUGACACCAAUCGGUCUCCUCAGGAAGGAGGUAAAACGUCAUCUCUUAAGCUGACUAAGCAGCCUAAUAGAGCAAAAACGCUCCGUGUCUCACAGUCGGCGGAGUCCCACGGUAAUAUCCUGCUGACCACCCUGGAGAUACACAACGAGGUGGCAGGAAAUGAGGUCACCACCAGCCUGGCGGACAGCAGGAACUCCUCCGUCAUGGGAUUUGACAACACCAGCACAGGUACCGGCGUCCAGUGCAGGAAGGCGAGCCGGGCCUCGGGUCCUCGCCACAGCCUCGACAGGCACGCCCAGCUCAAGAGGCACAAACUGCGGCGGCGUUCGUCGCAGCUCAAAAUCAAAAUCCCUGACCUGACGGACGUAAACGCCAUCGACAGGUGGUCGCGGAUUAUCUUCCCCUCCGUUUUCUCCCUCUUUAAUCUAAUCUACUGGAUGUAUUAUGUCAACUGAUUGACUGAUAGGGUUAGAUGGUGUUAUAAUUUUUUUUUGUUCUCCUUCGUCAUCAUUUUGUCUUUUUUUUUUACGUGAUAGGAAAUGUUUUGCUAUCGAAAAACAAAGGACUGCCUCUAUGUAACACAGACAAAUUGCUUUGACCCCUUUGUUCAAGGUUUUAUAUUUGCAGUCGUACUCAAAUUGUGGAUUGCGGUGGGGUUGAUAAUUCUUCAAAUUUUGUACAGAACUAUGUAGAUAAAUACCCAUACUGUAGGACUGGGACUGUAUACUUCUCAUUCUUUUUGCCCUCUCUGCAGUUUGAUAAUGUUCUUUAUACCCAUUUCAAUUUGUGCAAUCUGCAAGAAAGAAAAGGUAACCAUAAUUUUUUUUUUUAACAAACCCAAAUAAAAUACAAAUGUUAUGUAAUGUAUUAUGCAUAUACACAAUGAAUUGUGGUGUAUACUUUAUCAUUAUUUACAUAUUAUUUGUUAUGAAUGCGGAUCAAUGCAAAAAAUAUAUACUCAUGUUUUGUGAUGCUUGCCAUCUUUAUCACGUAUAUAUUUUUUGUCUUGGUCAGAUAUCAUUUUCAAGUGCACAUACAGUAUUUGCAUAUUUUACAGUGAAGUGGUCCUGUUUCUGUAUGUCUAUGUACAGUGUAUUAUUAGUAGUAGUAGUAGUAGUAAUAGUAGUAGUAGUAUUGCUAUUAUUAUUAUUAUC